AUGAGAUGGCGACGCGCCCCGCGCCGCCCGCUGGGUACCAGCCCCAGCGCCCCGCAUCCCCGGCCCGCCGGCCGCUCGCCUCCACUGCUGCCGCUGCUGCCGCCGCUGCUGCUGCUGUUGGGGACCGCGGCCCUGGUGCCGGGGGCGGCGGCCGAGCGGGCGGCUCCCGCGGGGGCCUCGGUGUGCUACUCGUCUCCGCCCAGCGUGGGUUCGGUGCAGGAGCUGGCCCGGCGCGCCGCGGUGGUGAUCGAGGGAAAGGUGCACCCGCCGCGGCGGCAGCAGGGGGCACUCGACAGGAAGGCAGCGGGCGAGGUAGGGGCAGGGGCGCAGGGACAGUACGCCCAGGACCCACCGCCCUCCCAGGACCCUCCGCCCGCUGCCAACUGGACCCUGCCCACCGGGUCCCCUGCGCCCAGCACCGACCAACUCGGGGACCCUGCGCCCUAUCUGGUGAAGGUGCACCAAGUGUGGGCGGUAAAAGCUGGGGGCUUGAAGAAGGACUCCUUGCUCACCGUGCGCCUGGACACCUGGGGCCACCCAGCCUUCCCGUCCUGCGGGCGGCUCAAGGAGGACAGCAGGUACAUCUUCUUCAUGGAACCCGAUGCCAACAGCAGCGGCCGCACGCCGCCCGCCUUCCGAGCCUCGUUCCCCCCACUGGAGACUGGACGCAACCUCAAAAAGGAGGUCAGCCGGGUGCUGUGUAAGCGGUGCGCCUUGCCUCCCCGAUUGAAAGAGAUGAAAAGCCAGGAGUCGGCUGCAGGUUCCAAGCUAGUGCUUCGGUGUGAAACCAGUUCGGAAUACUCUGCCCUCAGAUUCAAAUGGUUUAAGAAUGGAAAUGAGCUGAACCGAAAAAAUAAGCCACAAAACAUCAAGAUUCAGAAAAAGCCAGGGAAGUCGGAACUUCGAAUUCACAAAGCAUCACUGGCCGAUUCCGGAGAGUAUAUGUGCAAAGUGAUCAGCAAGUUAGGGAACGACAGCGCCUCGGCCAACAUCACCAUCGUCGACUCAAAUGAGUUCAUCACUGGCAUGCCAGCCUCAACCGAAAGAGCAUAUGUGUCCUCAGAGUCUCCCAUUAGAAUAUCAGUAUCUACAGAAGGCGCAAAUACUUCUUCCUCCACGUCUACGUCCACAACUGGGACCAGCCAUCUCGUAAAGUGCGCCGAGAAGGAGAAGACUUUCUGUGUGAACGGUGGCGAGUGCUUCAUGGUGAAAGACCUGACAAACCCUUCGAGAUACUUGUGCAAGUGCCCAAAUGAGUUUACUGGUGAUCGUUGCCAAAACUACGUAAUGGCCAGCUUCUACAAGCAUCUUGGGAUUGAAUUUAUGGAAGCGGAGGAACUCUACCAGAAGAGAGUGUUGACAAUCACCGGCAUCUGUAUCGCCCUGCUGGUGGUCGGCAUCAUGUGUGUGGUGGCCUACUGCAAAACCAAGAAACAGCGGCAAAAGCUUCAUGAUCGGCUUCGGCAGAGCCUUCGGUCUGAACGGAACAACAUGGUGAACAUAGCCAACGGGCCUCACCAUCCGAACCCACCACCAGAGAACGUGCAGCUGGUGAAUCAAUACGUGUCUAAAAACGUCAUCUCCAGUGAGCAUAUUGUUGAGAGAGAAGCCGAGACAUCCUUUUCCACCAGCCAUUACACUUCCACAGCUCAUCACUCCACGACUGUCACCCAGACUCCUAGUCACAGCUGGAGUAACGGGCACACAGAAAGCAUCAUUUCAGAAAGCCACUCUGUAAUCAUGAUGUCAUCAAUAGAAAACAGUAGGCACAGCAGCCCAGCUGGGGGCCCACGAGGACGUCUUCAUGGUCUGGGAGGCCCUCGCGAAUGUAACAGCUUCCUCAGGCAUGCCAGAGAAACCCCUGACUCGUACCGAGACUCUCCUCAUAGCGAAAGGUAUGUAUCAGCCAUGACCACCCCGGCUCGUAUGUCACCUGUAGAUUUCCACACGCCAAGCUCCCCUAAAUCACCCCCUUCGGAAAUGUCUCCACCCGUGUCCAGCAUGACGGUGUCCAUGCCCUCCAUGGCAGUCAGCCCCUUUGUGGAAGAAGAGAGACCCCUGCUUCUCGUGACACCGCCAAGGCUCCGGGAGAAGAAGUGUGAUCGUCACCCCCAGCAACUCAACUCCUUUCAUCACAACCCUGCCCAUCAGAGUACCAGUCUCCCCCCUAGCCCACUGAGGAUAGUGGAGGAUGAGGAAUACGAGACGACCCAGGAGUAUGAGCCAGUUCAAGAGCCUGUUAAGAAACUCACCAACAGCCGGCGGGCCAAAAGAACCAAGCCCAAUGGCCACAUUGCCAAUCGGUUGGAAAUGGACAACAACACAAGUUCUGUGAGCAGUAACUCAGAAAGUGAAACAGAAGAUGAAAGAAUAGGUGAAGAUACACCAUUCCUGGGCAUACAGAACCCCCUGGCAGCCAGUCUUGAGGCGGCCCCUGCCUUCCGUCUGGCUGAUAGCAGGACUAACCCAGCAGGCCGCUUCUCCACGCAGGAAGAAUUACAGGCCAGGCUGUCUAGUGUAAUCGCUAACCAAGACCCUAUCGCUGUAUAAACCUAAAUAAACACAUAGAUUCACCUGUAAAACUUUAUUUUAUAUAAUAAAGUAUUUCACCUUAAAUUAAACAAUUUAUUUUAUUUUAGCAGUUCUGCAAAUAGAAAACAGGAAAAAAAACUUUUAUAAAUUAAAUAUAUGUAUGGAAAAAUGUGUUAUGUGCCAUAUGUAGCAAUUUUUUACAGUAUUUCAAAAAAACGAGAAAGAUAUCAAUGGUGCCUUUAUGUUAUGUUAUGUCGAGAGCAAGUUUUAUACAGUUACGGUGGUUGCUUUUUCACAGUAUUUCAGCCAAACCUCCCAUAUAUUCAGUUGCUGCUGGCUUCUUGUGCAUAGCAUUAUGAUGUUGACUGGAUGUAUGAUUUGCAAGGCUAGCAGCUGUCCCUCUGUUUGCUUCCAGUAGCUCCCAACCGGUACUGUCUUGAAAUGGCACAUCCGCCCAAAUACUCUUCUAUUUUGUAUGAAGUCUUUGCUUUCCGAAUAUGAAAUGAGUUCUCUCUACUCUGUCAGCCAAAGGUUUGCUUCACUGGGCUCUGAGAUAAUAGUAGACCCAACAGCAUGCUACUAUUACAUAUAGCAGGAAACUGCAUUAAGUAAUGUUAAAUAUUAGGAAGAAAGUAAUACUGUGAUUUUUAAAAACAAACUAUAUUAUUAAUCAGAAGACAGCUUGUUCUUGCUCAAAGGAACUACCAUUGACUUUAAUUUUAACGUUUUGGUUGUUGUUGUUCUUGACAAAGAAGAACAGCUUCAAGUCCAGCUUAGAAAGCGGGUUCUGGCUUGCUAUCAGGAUAAAUCUAGCAACUUAAAAGGACUCAGUUUCACUUUCUCUCUGGGUGGAGGGGGAAUGAUCCAGCAGCUCAUCUGUUGACCAACCAACCAUGGCUGCUAAAGGUGCAAUCCUUUCUGACAUAUUUUUUUUAACUGACUGGUUGAACCCUCUUCUUGGCUCCAGAAGGGGCACAUCAUAUCAUGAAGCCUCAGCCCCAAGAGUACACUCAGCCAUCCUGUCCAAACCACUUGUAGAGUGCAAUGUGCCAGCGGUACAUCUCGGUGACUUGGCCCAUUGCAGGGAAAUGCCCCACUUGUAGAGUGUUUAGAAGGAGUGAAUGUGUAGAAGUCACAAGGGGAAAGCCGCUGUGUGACCCAGUUGACAUCUUAAAGUUUGGUUGGCCACUCCUUUCUCCCCAUCAUGUGUCUCUCAUGUUCAACAUGGUCUUGAUUGAGUCAUAACUAUGCAUGAAUAUGUUUUGCCAGGAAUAGCCGAUGUGCAUGUGAUUUGUGAUUAGCAAGAACUUUCCACAGUGAUGCCUCACUAGGGAAUGUCAAUAGUGUUGGAAAGAUUGCACCUUUUCUUGGAGAAGUGAUCCCCACUUGUGGAUUGAUGAUCUCUCUCCAUAGAUAGCCUGUAUCUCCCAUUUGUCCUCUAUAAGUUUUUUUUUUCUCAUACUGUCUCAAAACAGGGCUCGGAUUGGUUUUAACUCAUUAUGUUCUCUUAUGAUUGUAAAGCCAAUGAAUGCUUAGAGAUAUUGGCAUAUGAACAAAUGUUAAUAAAGGAAAAAAGGUGGGGAGGUGGAGAAUAAUCAAUCAUUCAGAACCUUUUAUAUUACCUCCCUAUUAUCUGUCAGUCUGAACUGGUGCUCAUUGGGUUUCUAAGUAAGUUUCUAGGAGCCACAUAUGGGAAAUAGUUGAACAGGGGAUUGACAAAGUCAAAGACAAUUAUUGAUCCUAGUUCCCAGUUGAACUGAAUCUAUUUUCUUUACCAGAUCUUUGUUACAAGUCAAGGGAACUAAUCAUACACAAGUAGGGCUCAGAAGAACACUGCAGGCUGACCACAAGUCCAUGUAUUACACUCCUCCAUGUUUUGAAGAGAAACUUGUCUGUUACUCUUAGAAUUUGAUGUCUCUCAUUUCCUGCCAUUGUUCGCAUGACAGCUUCUCUGUGCUCAGUGUUGUCCUUUUCCUUUGUUAGCCCAGACAGAGGAAUGCCUGCUGGGAAAAGCCUGCACUGACUUCCCAGUGCUGCAGAUGGUCAACUCUCCAUAGGGAGGACAAGUCAGCAGGCUUGAAGAUAGUCUCUCUACUUAACAUUGACGUUGAAGGCCUUCACUCAUUGAUCAUUUGAUAAAGAAAUUUCUUUAUUGUUCUUUUAAAAGUCUUAGAAAUUCAGUUCCCAAUUGGUUGGUCACUAGGGUAUUGAGAAAGGCCCUUCUAAAAAGAUAGACUCUCCCGAUGAAAACAAGGAACAGCGUUUUACUAGCACAAGAAGCUCUACAAAUUUGCAAAUUGCAAGUAUACGUGAUUUUUUUUUUCUUCUGUGCUUUACCUGGCAAACACAUUUGUCUUAUUAGUUGGAAAGCCUUUUCCCCAAGAGAGCAAAGCUUCUUUGAUUAGAGCAGCCACUUGGCCGCUCAGGGCUACCUAUGGCAGCCCCUUGCUUUUAUGUUUCUAGGGAUGUCUCUACAAUGCUUCACUGCCAGGUCUCUCUCAACCAUCCUGUUUAUGAACCCAGGCAGAACCGUAGCAAUGCAAAGGAAUGCAUGCCUGUGUUCCUAGUAUGCGUGAAGAUGCCUUGCAUUUUAAGGGAGUUCAAACUACUCAGAAUUUAACAGAAAAUUUAUUUCUUGGGCCUGAACUCCAAACCACUGAGAGGUAUAUAGCAGGGUAUAGUAGACACCAAAUUCCUUUUGUACUUACUCAAGAUUUGUUUUCUGUCCUGCUUUUUGCUCCUUUUCUCCCCCUGCCCUCAAGAGUGCCUAGUGGACAGCCUUCUGCAGCUUUCUACAAAGCAGGCCUCUGUUUAAGAGAGAAUGUAUCCAGAGCAGCAAUAUGCCAUCUCUUUCUUGUUUCUGUGUGACUGUCCAUAUAGAUGGAGUCUAUCCAGGGUAACUUUCUCUGUAUCGAUUCCUCUUCUGGCUGGAGAUUGAAGGUAGAUGGCUCCUAUCAGUGAAUAAGGAAGAUCUGACCUUCCCUUUCAGUCCUGGCUGCCUUCCAGCAGCUACAGGAAUUUCUGUCCACUAAGAUCCAUGACACACUAUGGAGAAAUGCAGACAACAUGAAAUGGCCACAAAUCACAAUUUCUAUUAUAUAUUCUUUUGUAAAUACAUAUUGUAUAGUACUUGGAUGUUUUCUUAAGUCAUAUACUGUCUCUAUGAGUUAAUGUUAGGUUUUACUCUCAUACUGUAUAACAUUGUAAAUAACAUAAUGUCCUUUAUUAUUUAUAUUUAAGCAUCUAACAUAGAGAAUUGUUUUCAUAUAAGUUUAAGAUAAAUGUUUAAAAUAUAUGUUUUUUCUUUGCUUUAAAAUUAUGUACUUUUUCUUUUUCAUUUUUAAAGAAUAAUUUAUUGUUCAGGAGAAAGAAUAUAUAUGUAACUGAAACUAUUUGAAGAACGCACAUUUGAAGGCCAUGAGGUACUGAUAAACUAAAGAAUUUAUUAUCUCAAAUACUAAGCAAUAAGUAAUUGUGAUUUAUUUAAAGUUUUGUUCACUUCCCAAGAAAGUCAUACUGCAAUAAAAAUGCUACUCUAUGGAGACAUGAGCGUGUUGCUCAGCAGAAAAACAUUGCAGUCUGUUAGAGCAGACUUAGCAUCUAGCCAUGACAGCUGUGCUACCUAGGACUGUGCUUCGUGGACCCCAUGACCAUCCUGUCUCUGUUGAUUUUGCUGCAUUGCCCGUCCUUGAGUCACCUGCCUCCCAACUCUGUUUCACACUUCAUUCCUUGCUGUAGGAGACACAUAGUCAAGCAAUAGGAUGCUCCAUUCCAUAGCCACCAAACCUCCAUUUACAAAGACAUCAGAGGGAAGCAUUGCAUACCUUUCUGGAUCCUGCUUGUCGAUACGUGCUGCAGUGACAUCAUGAAACUUAUUCUCAUUAGCGGCAGUGACUUUAUGUGACAAUCCUAUGCAAACAUAAAGGAGAGCAAAACCUAUUAUGGUUCAAUGGUUCAAUGGCCACAGUAGCCUCAAAAACAUCUAUGCUAAUCUUCCCUAUAAUGUCUUUAAAUUUACUUCCCAUCGUGUGCACCAUUUUAUAAGAAGGCUAAGGAGCAAUGACUUUACUCUCCUCGUUCUAUCAAUGAAAUAAACUGAUGUCCAAAGUACUGCUCAGGGAGGGGCCUAUGCACGAAAUAUUCCUCACAUUCUAGGACUCAUCGUAGACUGGAAAUAGUGCUUUUUUAUUAAGAUUAACCUUAUGAAGCCAUAUUUUAACAAAUAGAUAUUUUGUGUGUAAUUUUUAUAUAUUUCAACCCUUCUACUCAUUAUCUCAGAUAGAUAGAGAACAUUUAAAGGAUGUAUAAUAAAUCUGCCUGCGUUGGAGUUUGAGCAUAACCUGAGAUUUCCCAUCCAAGUUUACCUCCAUGCAUAGACACAUUUCCUGUUCACUCAUAAGAGCACCACCACUCACAUCAUUCCCAAGUGUCUGGUUGUCCAGGAAACCAAAUGUUCUGAAGCCACAAAGUGAAUCUGCCUAUCUGCUAGUCAUUCAGCUUUCAAGCCAGGCAUCAAAUCAAAAGACAAAAGAAUAUUUUAAAGUUAGAGUCUGGGACCCUUUCCUCAGCUUAUGCUGUAAAUUUUCCAACCCCUCGAUCACACUAAAAGCUGUCUGUGACAAUAUCAGUGACUUAAGAUAGACGUGUUUACCUAAGUGGCCAUGCCAUUUCAGGUAGAAGAGGCUGCAAAGGAAGGUUGUGUAGAAACCUGAAAACUCAAUUCCAUUCAAAUUAGAGUCUAGAUAGUUACUGUUAUUCUCCAGUUGUGUUUGACUCUUGAGGGACAAAUCUAGGCCAGUUCUGCAAACUAGGAAGACAUCUGUUUUUCCAAGAAAUCUGCAGAAAUUUCUCUUCUCUGCGCCACUGGUGAAUCAUCAAAGGGCUUAAGGUCAAGGCUUAAGGUCAAGAUCAGUCAAGCUGAGCUGAAAUAUAAACAGUAGAGAUACUGGAAAGAGUAGGUGUUUCUGUUAUCUUAGCAUGUUGUGUUCUCUCUCUCUCUCUCUCUCUCUCUCUCUCUCUCUCUCUCUCUCUCUCUCUGAAUUCCCCUCUCAAAACUGAUAAUCAAUUAAAGAAACAAUUUAUGGAAACUUUUAUUCCAAAAGAUUAAUCUGUUAUCAGCUGAGAGCUUCAUAUUUAUGACGGGAAAAUCUCUAUGUUGGUUUAGGAUGCUGUAUCGUGUAACCUAGAAAAUAGUUGUUAGAUAGGGCAGUGCAUGCUCUUUAUAUAUCUAUAGGCCUUACUGACACCCUCAUUCUGCAACUCUUGUACCUCUCUAUUGGUUAGUAUUGGUUCUUAACUGGUUGAACUUAAAAGCCUCAUUUAAAAGCCACAAAAAAAAGGGUUUCAUUACUGUAAAAUAUGAUUGGUGGCUUUUUACAAUAAAAAUCAGAAACAGAGAAUGUAAAGAUGGUUCAACCCAACAAUCUUCUAAAUGUCCUCUUUCAAAUGAACUUACUUGAACAAAAAUUUAAGGAGGAAAAGAUAUCGCUUCUCACCAGCCUAUGUUCCAGCAAAGCUGACGAAUUGAAUAUCUUUAAUGUCUUAUGUAUAAAUUUACUCAUAAAGAAUCAAAUUAUUAAAUGUUAAUAUUUUACACUGUUUAUGACUUAAAAUACCCUGUAUCUUUUUUUAUUUGUUUCAUUAUAGAGAAAAAAUGGUGAAAAUUUAAGCCCAGAAAGUUAAAACUCACUCUCAGAGCAGUCUGUCUUCUGAGUCGCAGAGAUGUUGUAGAUACCUUUUUUCUCUCAGUUCCUUCCCUGGCACUAGCCUAAGCAAAAUGAGCUUUUUUAUUUCCAUAUCUCUUGACAUAAUAUGAGUUAUAUGUCAAUCAGCUUUCAUUUCUGAGAAACAAAUCUUCCUACUUUUGGUUUGCAGAUACCCUGGAACCCAAUGUGCUUAAUGUAGCAACCCUAUACAUCUUUUCUAACCUCAGCUCCCUAAGAAAAUGCCAAGUAUAGCUGUGGGAGUGAAUUCACAAUUUGCUAGGUGGCAAAUACUAGUCCAAAGGAGGGCUUUUCUGGUCAGAACAAUGCCCAACGCUGAAAUUUUGUGGACUUGGGCAGCUUCCUCCUCCCAUGUUCCUUAGCUAUAAAGACUAUGGUUCUGUGAGGUUUAAACAGGAGUCAUUGUAAGAAACUAAAAAAUGUCUAGUAUGUAGUGAUUAUUCAGAUUUGUCGCUCCAACAGAUCCUUAAGUUUGGAGAUCUCAGUUUCUCAGUUCAAAUAAAGUAUACUGCAUUGCACAAGCUGAUCAGAAAAAUCAUUUCACGAACCCCAUGUCAGCAAGAAAAUGCCUUUUCAGCAACAAAUAUAUGUUGAGAAGCAUUAUCACCAAAUAGCAUUUAAAGUGGCAGUUGUAAAAGCUAAGAUCUUUGCGCAUUGUGAGUAGUGGGCUCUUGAGGGCCCAUGCCAAUCCAUGUCUAUUUAUUAGUCUUUCAAUGGCUCGUGGCAAUCUCAGAUUACGUUCACAGGAAAUUAAUGAAACACGACUCCUUGCAUUGUUUUCAUAAUGCCACCUUCACACGCCAUUGUAAAUUUCUAAUGGGACAAUCAAAAACCUCACUUAACCCUGCAGACCAUCUGAACUCUAGAUGCCUUAAUUUUAUGCAUAAUGUUCACAUGUAAGUCUAUUUCUUUGAAAAAGUAUAAUCCCAGCCAAGGCCUCCAGGGUGAUAAAACUAGGGAAGUCUCAAAUUAAUAAAAAAAACACAUAUCUUUAUGGAUGCUCAUUAUCUAUCCAAUAAUUCUUCAAGUUUUGUCUUACUCUUUACUCCAUGCAUAAAAUGAGAAUCAUUUCUUAUCUAUAUGAUGCAGUUGAUAAUUCAUAGGCUUAAGCUAUUAGAAUUUAGUCUUUUAGUCUUUUAAAACUUGAUCCUGAAGAGGAUGUAACUUAGGCUCAUAUUAACCAUCACGCUUGCAAAUAGGCAUUGUUAAUAGCAAUGGAGUCUGAUACAAUUGUUCAUGAAUAAUCUUCCCUUUAAAUGAAUCACUUUUUAUUGGGAACAACUGUAAGUUCUAGUCUAUCACAAAAACAAUGCAAAGGAAUAUUUCCUCAUUUUUAAAAAUAUAGUCUUUUAAUUAGACACUUUUGCCUCUGAUCAUUAACAUCAUGAAUUGAGUAGGCAUUGGUCAUCACUGACUUUCCUUCUAAAGUGAGGCUCUUGGAAGGUUACUAGAUUUCUGCCAGUGGAAAUCCUCACUACUGUGGUCAUCCAGAUUCCUGUGAUCCCUUAAGAGUGGAGCCUUAAGUGAGCUUUGUAUCCCUUUCUAGGAAGAAACUUCCUUUGGGAUAUUCAUCUGUAGCUGUAAGGUACCCAAACCCAUAGGUCCUAAGCACUCUCUCCCAGGGCGAAUGAGGAGGAGGGUUCUGCACACAUUGUGUCUCCAUUAACUAUGCCCUUCUGGCUAGAAGGCCUGUUGCAUUCACACAGGAAUCCCUGCACAGCCUCCCCUCUUUAUUCUGCCCAGCGUCUCCCUUCACCGAUUGCAAAACACAAACUACUUAUGUUGCGCAAUCAUUGCAGAUCAUACACACAUAUCAAAACUCCCAGUCUCUCAUAAUGGCAUGUGAAUAUUAUGUGUCCAUUAAAAAUUCUAAAGUCAUAAAACUAUACAACCUUCAUACCUUGAUCAAAAACCUGGAAAUGAUUGAAUUUAAAGAGAAUUUAAAGUAAUGUUCUUGAACUAAGAUGACUUCCUUGGUAGGCCCUUGGGAAAGGUUUAGGGCUGGUGGUGGCACAGCGUUUCUGUUACGUGGCCACAGACUUCUCACAACAUGAAAAGACACUAGCUCCAACACUCAUUUGGGAGCUCAUUCUUCGAGGACUUGGAUGUAUGGGCAUGAAUUAGGAGUAAGGCAAUCACUUUCUUCCUGUGAAUGUGUUAAAACGGAGAUGCAGGGUUUCGCUCAGGUUAAAACCACAUCAAUUAUCAAAGAAGCAACUACUGUUGGGAAAUAGCCCCCCAUCUUGUAGAAGCAUCUGACAUCCGCAGACCAAGUCACACUAGAACACUAUUCUACAUGUCUCCUUCCACAUCACCUGAGUGACAGGUGACUGUCAGAUGGUUCCAUUUCCUCCUCCAUAACCUUGCUUCGUCCUUCAUUUCUUGCUCCCAUCCUCUGCCACAGGGCCACCAGCAUCCCGACUGACCUGCUUCAUCUGCUCCUGUGGGCCAUCCUUCACAUUCUAGUGAUGACUCCUAACUGUAACUUCUUAGCAGGCUAGACUGCUGGCUAAACCAUGGUUCCCCAUGAGCUAAACGCCUCAGCCUGAUCUAAGAGGCCCCUCAAAGUCUGAUUCUAUGAGAUGGCUCUAGCUUGUCUCCCACCGUCAUUGUUCAUUCCAACCUUGUGAGUUUCUGUUCCGGAAGUAUACCACAUCAUGUGAUCAAACCCCAGUCAUUGGCAUACCAACUUCAUAUUAUUGCCAUGUACCUCUUGUAUUAUUAUUUGCAUAUUGUUUUUGA